GAAAUUGUGACCACGCGAGUGUUACUUGACGAAUGUUUGAAUAUCAAAGGAGAGUCGAAUGGGAUCAUCGACAUUGUUUUAAGCACAGUGAUUAAUAAAGGCCUGGUGAUUGUUUCCAAUUAUGAUCGACUGCACGUUGAAGUUGUGAAUGUGAUUAGUGACAUCAUUCUUACAAAGAGUUGGGAGAUUCAAAAGACCGGGAUAGUGUUAUUACAGAAGGCACUUCCAUUGGUGAAAACUCGAAAUGAAGUGGUAAGCUUCUUUGUGACGGACGUCUUGGAUUAUUUGUAUGACAUGAUUGCGACGAAUAUGGUGUCUGGAGACACUUUGUUUUAUCGAACAAAGAAGAGCACAAACGAGAUGGAAGGGGUGUGUUGUCAGUGUGCGAGUGUGAGAAACACCAACGAGAUGGUGAUGUGUUUGUGUUGUAAGCAAUGGCUAUGCUCACAAAACUGCGUGGAAAUCCAUUGCCACUUUAAACACAAACUUGUCAGUGAAAAGUUGACUCGACAUGUGUAUACCCCACGACAAACAGAUCUGUCACACUCGUUCGACUUGUUGUUGUCUAUACUGAACGUCCUAUGUGAAAUCAAAGAAGACUUCCAAACUAAUAUACUCGACUUCUUAUACGCUCAAUUGACUCGCUAUCUUCCAAUGAAAUGGUUACCAAAUGCUCCAAUAGCAACAAUCGAUUCGGUCAUCGACAAACUUGCGGAGUUGUGUUGUUUCAUAUUAGUCCAAAAGAACGGCGAUGGUACUUUAUAUCAAAAGAUUUUCAAUCUUAUGGAAACACAAGUCACUUGCCAUCUUCUCGAAGAGAUGUAUUCAUCACAAGAAGCCACUGAGAUCAUCAACGAUUAUAACUUGAAAGACAAACUUCAAGAACUCGAACAUGUUGAUGACGCCAAACUCCUUUCAGUACUUUACAAAAUUGUACAUUGA